AAAUAACCCGAAGGCAUACUGUUCCUUGUAUUUUUUAUCCAGAAAUGCAUUUUAAAUCAGACUAGCAGCAGAAGCAGGGUAGAACAGGUCUGUUCAGGUUGUUAGGAAUAACUCAGUGUCCAGCAGGUCACUGCAACAGUUGAAUAAAAACAAGCUUGUUGGUGGAGGAGAGCCGCUCAUUGUUAGUAACAUGAUUCCUGCUGAGGGCCUCAUGCUUUUUUCGUUCUUCUUUUUUGGAUCAUCUUGUGCUUUGAUUCCAAAAUGCUUCCAGAUGAAAGCAGAAGUCUACAACCUCCAGCUGUUUUCAGAGAGUAAUGUAACAAGUCUGACUGAUGGCGAUGAGCUUUAUGAUCCAGCGUGUCAAGCCAAUGGACUCUUCAAGGCCAAGCAGUGCAAUAACAGUGAUGUGUGUUGGUGUGUGGACAGUGCAGGUGUGCGUCAAUCAGACAAUGGUGACAGAAACCUUCAGUGUGAGGAGCUAGUUUUGCCAAACUGGGUACGUAUUGAGAUGAAGCACAAGGAGACCAGCAAUCCUUUGGAGCUUUCCCAGUUGCAGAGGGCUAUUGCCAGUGCCAUUCAGGAACCAGAUCCAAAUGUGGAUAGUAAAACUGAAGUCAAGUAUGAGGUUGAUGCUCGUCUCAUCACCAUUGAGGUGAGGAAAAACCCUGAUGAUCAGAAAAAGGAGCAGUCAGUGUUGGCCUACUACACUGAGAAAGAUGUUGUGGUGCAGUCGCUCCUCAGUGACCAACUUAAGAUUGAACCAACAGUCGAAGGGGAAAAACUGGAGAUUGAGAGCAUCAUGGUAUAUUACGUGGAUGAGAAAGAGCCCAAACAUAGCAUGCAAAUGCUCACUACAGGCCUUCUGACUGUCACUGGUGUGUUCAUCCUGGCAGCUUGUCUUGGGAUCCUCAUUCUGUUCUUGAUCAGAAAACAAAAGAGGGGCCAAUAUGCAAAAGCUCAGACCUGUGAAAUGGAGGAGAUUUAGAUACUAAACUGGAUUGCAGGAUGAUGGAAAAUGAUGACGCAACAAAACACCUGAUGAUUAUUAAUACAUAAAUUGUUCAUGAUUUUACAUUUAUGCUAUUGUCACUGCUUCUCUUGUCCUUCUUCUAUUCUGUUGAGUAUAUUACUUAUAUAUAAGUAUAUAUUAUUUUAAGCUAAUCCUUUAAAAUAAAGUCCUGUAUUGUACUGUUA